AUGUCGCGAUAUUCAUCUUCCUUGGACUGUAAAAUAUAUGUUGGCGAUUUGCCGAAAGACGCCACUGAGGAUGAAUUGGAAAGUGCUUUUUCAACAUUUGGACCAAUAAAAAGUUUAUGGGUAGCGAGAAAUCCGGCAGGAUUUGCGUUUGUUGAAUUUGAAGAUGUGAGAGACGCAGAGGACGCUGUGAAGACUUUAGACGGAUCGAAUAUAUGUGGUGGCAGAGUUCGUGUAGAAUUUUCAACUGGAAAAUCUAAACCAAAACCCUGGCAGGCAGCACCGAGACGUGGACCUCCCCCUCCAUUAAGUGGUAGAAGGGCAUUUAACCCGGAUGAUAGAUGUUAUGAAUGUGGCGAGAGAGGCCAUUAUGCUUAUGAUUGUGAACUAAGACGUGGCAAAGGCAGAAGAAGGUAUUGUUAA